AGCGCUUAACGAUAAAUCUCCACCCUACAUAUCAGAGCUCUUAUCUCAGCAUAGACCAACACGCAGUCUCAGAUCAGCAGAUCAAGCAUUGCUGACAGAAUCUCUCAGCCACACAACUUGGGGUGACAGAGCCUUCUACAUCUCUGGACCAAAGCUGUGGAAUAGCCUUCCUCAAUUUAUCAGGAGAGCAGAGACCCAAUCAACUUUUGAGUCUUACCUGAAGACUUUUCUGUUCCCCACUCCAACAUUAUUGCAAGAAUAACUCAAUUGUAGCAUUACUAGGACAGUACUUGAACUGAAUGAUGAUCCUAAGCACUGUUUAAAGACAUUGAAAUUUGUGAGAUAUUUCCUAUUUUUGAGCAAGCGCCAUGAGCGCCCAGCUGAGGCGGAUACCGGCGCUAUACAAGAACCCAUCAUCAUCAUCAUCAUCAAUUGUCUGCACCGUUAAAUCAAAGCCCGUAAUCUGUAACUUUAGCCCCAUCCCAUCAUCAUGAGUCCAGAGUCGUAUGCCGUAUGCGAGAAGCUGAUCCCGCCCACCUACGUGCAGCAAGGCAGAGAAUCUCGCAGGGUUCGAGAGAAUAAGGUAAGGCAUCUUCUGGAGCAGAGGAAAUGGCCGGAGGAUGGCUGGGACGAAGAAACCAUCGAGCUUCUCCUUCGAGAGCUCUCUGUAAUGGAUAGCAAUAACUUCCAAGGGAACUGCGGAGUGGGAGAGAGGGAAGGCCGUGUUGCUUCGGAAGCAGUCAGGAGACGGCAUUAUGGUUUAGCUCAUGGCAUUGGGCGAUCCGGAGACAUCACAGCCAUCCAACCAAAGGCUGCUGGUUCAAGUAUCCUGUCAAAACUCACCAACUCUAUGGCUCUUGAUGUUCUACACAUGGCAGGAGUUAGGAGUGCAGCUUCAUGCUUUGUAGUUCCCAUGGCGACAGGUAUGAGCCUCGUCCUUUGUUUCCUGACACUAAGGCAGCAGAGACCUAGAGGACGAUUCAUCAUCUGGCCUCGCAUCGACCAAAAAUCCUGCUUCAAGGCUAUCGCAACGGCAGGAUUUGAAUCCGUUGUCAUCGAGAACAAGCUUGAAGGAGAUGAACUCAGGACGGACAUCGAAGCUGUGUCUGCAAAGAUCAAAGAGCUUGGAGCGGAUGAAGUCCUUGCGGUGUUCUCCACAACAAGUUGCUUUGCACCGCGGGUUCCGGACAGACUUGAAGAACUCGCAACGCUCUGUAAGGAGAAGGAUAUCCCUCAUGUCGUCAACAACGCCUAUGGUGUCCAGUCGUCAAAGUGCAUGCACUUGAUACAGGAAGCAUCGCGGGUGGGCAGAGUGGACGCCUUUGUGCAAAGCACCGAUAAAAACUUCAUGGUACCGGUCGGUGGUUCCAUCAUUGCAGGGUUUGAUCGAGAGUUUAUUGACAAGGUCGGGCAGACGUAUCCAGGUCGAGCCUCGGCGUCACCAUCUACUGAUCUCUUCAUCACUUUACUUUCACUUGGAUCCAAGGGUUACAAGAAUCUCCUCAAGGAAAGGAAGGAAUUGUUCACAUUUCUGCACGAGGAACUGGCAAAAGUCGCAGAGAAGUACGGGGAGCGAUUACUGCAUACACCGCACAACCCAAUCUCCAUGGCAAUGACAGUAAACAAACAUGAUGUUGAUGACGGAAAAGCUUUGACAGAGCUUGGCUCAAUGCUGUUCACAAGAUGUGUUUCAGGUGCUAGGGUCGUCCCACAAGGUGUCUCAAAGGAGAUUAAUGGUCAUCCCUUCCAAGGUUUCGGCUCCCAUUCAAACGCCUACCCGUCUGCGUACUUGACAGCCGCUGCAGCCAUCGGCAUGACAAGAGAGGAUGUGAAACUCUUCAUCAAGCGGUUGGACAAGACAUUAUUGAAAUGGAAAGGCAGUAAGGUUGUAAACAAUGGACAUUGAUGACAAUGAAAGUGAUUAUUGUGGAGCUCACCUGAGGAACAGAGGAUCAUCAGUUAGAAUUCCAGCAGUGGCGUAAUUUCCUUCAGCGAGAAAUCAAUCUACAUCGAGGGAUUGGUACCCGGUCAUAUCUUCCAAGGUUUCGGCUUCCAUUCUAACGCCUACCCGUCUGCGUACUUGACAGCCGCUGCAGCCAUUGGCAUGACAAGAGAGGAUGUGAAACUCUUCAUCAAGCGGUUGGACAAGACGUUAUCGAAAUGGAAAGGCAGUAAGGUUGUAAACAAUGGACAUUGAUGAUAAUGAAAGUAAAGACAAUGAAAGUGAUUGUUGUGGAGCGUUCUGGUAUAGUGGUUCGGACGCUCACCUUAGGAACAGAGGAUCAUCAGUUAGAAUUCCAGCAGUGGCGUAAUUUCCUUCAGCGAGAAAUCAAUCUACAUCGAGCGAUUGGUACCCGGUAGGAAUAAUUCCUUGAAUGCUCUAACUGCCUUUUUCAGCUGGAGCUAAAGCCAGGGUAAUGUUGUGUGCAAGUACCGAAUAAGCAACAAGGUAAUCUGAGCCCUAUGAAUGCUACUGUACAUGUAUAACUAUUUGUUGUGAUACAUGUAGGUCUCAUUGGUGAAUUGCCACGUGGCCCAAACCAAUUUUUUCUACUCCCUGUUUGGUCUCAUCCAACAUGGUCUAAUCCUAGUUCCACCAUUGGGUCUAAUUUCUAGUUUGGCCCUACCCAUUUUGUCUAAUAUCUACUUCAUGUUAUUGUGGUUAACAAUCACUGCCAACCACAUGUCUCCUCAGAGUAGCAUUGAUUAGUGAUGUGCAGGUAGACCACCUACACUAGGGUUCCCCCCCCCCCCCCUUAUACUCGCAUGUGAAUAGUGCAGUGGGUUUACAACAUCUAAAGGUGGCGACUCUCCUCUAUACAGGACCUUUGUUUUUACAUCCUAUCCAAGGGUUAGAACAAUCAUGUUAAUGAGAGGAAAGAUAAUAAAGGAAAAAGGUAAUUUAUCGUGAAGGAAGCUUGAAACUUGAUCAUGAAAUUAAUCAAAGCAGAAAGGCAAGAUCUUAUGAAUGAAAAUAAAGGUGAAUGAGUCAGGAUCAUUCAUGAAAUUGAUUUUUUGUGAUGUCUUAAUGAGACAUCGAACUCAAAAGGCAAUAAUAAUCUAAAGAUCAUAUUAAUUGAGAAAAGAUCAUAUUAAGUAAGAAAAGAUGACGGUUAUUUUUGUCUCACCUGCGAAGCAGAGUGAGACUAUAGGCGCCGCUUUUCCGACGGCGGCGGCGUCAACACCAAAUCUUAACUGAAGGUUAAGUUUUUGAAAUGACAGCAUAACUUAGAAAGUAUAUGGAUCUAGUUCAUGAAACUUGGCCAUAAGGUUAAUGAAGUAUUACUGAACAUCCUGCCUGAGUUUCGGGUCACAUGAUCAAGGGCAAAGGUCAUUUAGGGUCAAUGAACUUUGGCCAAGUUGGGGGUAUCUGUUGAAUUACCAUCAUAACUUUGAAAGUUUAUGGAUCUGAUUCUUGAAACUUGGACAUAAGAGUAAUCCAGUAUCACUGAACAUCCUGUGCAAUUUUUUAGGUAACAUGAUCAAGGUCAUUUAAGGUCAACAAACUUUGGCCAAGUUGGGGGUAUUAAUAAUAAUAAUAAUAAUAAUACACAGUUCUUGUAUAGCGCAUAUCACAAUUAUGAAUAAUGUCUCUAUGCGCUUCCAAAGGACUUGGAUAUUAUUACCCCAGCUGUAGCUUGGCAGCCGUAAUUACUAAGAUUACAGCGCACACGCAUUUCAAGGAAUAAAUUCCUGCCAGGUUCCCAUUCACCUCACCUGGGUUAAGUGCAGCACAAUGUGGAUAAAUUUCUUGCCAAAGGAAAUUACGCCAUGGCUGGGAUUCAAACCCAAGACUCCGGAGACUAAUCCACUGGGCCACAACGCACCGUCAUAACUUUGAAAGUUUAUGGAUCUGUUUCAUGAAACUUGGACAUAAGAGUAAUCAAGUAUCAUUGAACAUCCUGUACGAGUUUCAGGUCACAUGAUCAAGGUCAAAGGUCAAUGAACUUUGGCCAUGUUGGGGGUAUCUGUUAAAUUACCAUCGUAACUUUGAAUGUUUAUGGAUCUGAUUCAUGAAACUUGGACAUAAGAGUAAUCAGGUAUCAUUGAACAUCCUGUGAGAGUUUCAGGUCACAUGAUCAAGGUCAAAGGUCAUUUAAGGUCAACAAACUUUGGCCAAGUUGGGGGUAUUUGUUGAAUUACCAUCAUGACUUUGAAAGUUAAUGGAUCUGAUUCAUGAAACUUGGACAUAAGAGUAAUCAAGUAUCAUUGAACAUCCUGUGCAAGUUUCAGGUCACAUGAACAAAGUCAAAGGUAAUUUAAGGUCAUUGAACUCUGGCCAUUUUGGAGGUAAUUAUUAGAUUGCUGUCAUAACUUUCAAAGUUUAUAGAUAUUGUUUAUAAAAUGUGGAUAUAGGGGUAAUCAAGUAUCACUGACAAGUCUUAGGUCGCAUGAUCAAGGUCAAAUGUCAUUUAUUGUCAAUGAACGUAGUAUUGUAUCAUUAUAUGAAUGGUGUUUUUUGUGAAUAAUUAUUCUAUAGUAGUUUUCAAAAUCAGCACUGCUGCUAUAUUGAAUCGCGCGAUGCAGGUGAGACUGCCAGAGGCGCUCCACUUGGUUUUUUUUUUAUACUGGUAGCCGGAGGCCUUUAAUACCUCAUGCUUGGCUGUCAUAAUAAUGCAAUCAGAAGACUCGAGAAGAAAUGAAAAUAUUAAGAUAGGAGAUAGAGAUAGAUGGAGAGAGAAAGAGAGCGACAAACAAAACAAAUGUGACCACAAAAACCCACAAAAAGUCGCAGUGUGAUUUUCAAUUGGAGCCAAUUAAAAGUAUUUUGGUCAGAAUGUUUAAGUUUCAGAUUUUCGUGUUUUCCAGGCAUGAUAUUCUUCCAAUUUAAAUUUCACAUUUUUUUUACGUGGAAAUCCUUUGCCCAAGAGCACUCUCAUGCUCUCUUUUACUGCUUUUUUAAGUCAAAUGAUAAAACUAUCAUUUAUGAUAGCUUAUAACUUAUGAUUUCUUUACAAUGCAAGAGCUUCGUUUUCUGAAAGAGUAUAGUCUCCCCUAUUUAACUGUAAAAAUGUGGAUAUACCAAUUGAAGCUAAGUGUAAUUUUUGAGUGUUUUUAUUAGACCCACAUGACUUGUAUUUUCAUCUUUUUGGGUUAAGUGUAAUCAUGUUUUUGUUUUCACAAAGAUCUGAAAAUUCAUCUCUCUUUGAACUCCUAUAAAUUUAAAACAGGAUAACUUCUAACAUUAAUACUUGUUCAAACUAAUGGACAGGAUGUACCUACAUGUAUGUAAUUAGUGUGUGAACUUUGGGGGCAAGCUGAUAAUUCCUCUAUCGAAAUUCUAUUGAUUUUUAAUCUUCCUUUUGUCUACAAUACACAAUUGUGGAAGAGUAAUUACUCUGAAUAGACUAGUAAUUUUUAAUCCCCAUUUACUCAAAAGGAGUGCAUGUUCCAUUGUAGCGAACAUUCUCCUUUUGUGUGGGUUAGGAUCAAUCAUUGUGCGUGAGUUAUAUAUCAUUAUAAAGCUUAGAAUCUCCUCUUUCAGAAGGGCUAUUUAACUAGAAUUUCAUUUCUGGCGACUUUUUGUGGGUUUUGUGGUGCCUGGUCACAUAUGUACUUAAUAAACCUGGGUGAAGAGGGGAAAUGUUUAAAGAUAAAUGCCAGUUGUGGUAACGAUCUCAAAAUGACUUUUUACAGAAUCCAAUUAUAAUGACCACCCAAGUGUCUGUUUGUAUGAAUAACAAAUAUGUGCCAAAGGAUUCUGCAAGAAAUUGUGUAAUUGCUGAGAAAUAAGCGCAGAUUCGGGCACUUCCGUCGGGUCUUUCUUCCCGCUUUAUAGUUUAGUUUACUCCAAUGAUGUUGUAGGACUAAGCCUGUUCAUCGAUCAAAUUAGAAUGUCUAUUGCUGCUCUCCUUCAGACAAAAUUAGAUGCGCUACUUAUGUUGGCAGGAGGGGUGGCAGGGGUAUCGUAGACAGCAAAAAAUUCCAUGAAAACACACGAGAAUCGAAAAUCACUCAAAAUCAUAGGCAAUCUUCUCCCAAUUCAAGCAAUUAUAAUAUACACUGUCCCACGUGUGCCUAUCUGUGUUGGUGAUCUUCAGUGUGAUCGUUUUUCAGUUUAGAUUUUAUGAUUUCACAAAGUUCAGUUUAUGUAACUGUACCAGAUCUAGAUCCACGAUGAUAUAGUAAUACUUAACGUUGGUUUUACAGACUUUCUCACAAAAUCAGUUUUACUGCAACUACUUUCAUUUAGCUUUAAGGACAUUGAAAAAAUUCAUGUUUAUUUUGUAAAAAUCAGAAGUAUUGAUAUUUUGAAGAUGAUAUUAAUUAUUCACCCUCCCGCAAUCAAGGGGGGGGGAAUUUCAUGAAACAAAUGGAGAUUUUCACUAUUUGUUAAAAGCUACUGAAAUCCUUGCAUCUGAUUGGCUCAGAACAAAUCGACAGUAAAAAAAAUCACUAUUUUCUUUAAAGAAUAUAUGCCUUCUAGAUUUCGGCUUGAAGUCUAAUUCUGAUCAUGGAGUAUUUAUAAGCCAUUGUUACUAAUGUUACAUGUGUACGUUUGAUUAGUACUCUUUUUUUUUCUAAUCUAAGAAUUCUUUUUUGGAGAAGGCUGGCAUCUCCUGAAGAAUUUUGAUUCCAACAAAUAAUCUGUUAUAAGCAGUACCUAUGUAAACUUAUAAGCCAGGGUUCAUAUACAUAUAAAUUAUCACAAUUUUCUGCCCUUUUUUUUCUACCAUGUAAAUGUGAUUAUUUGUGAUUUUUAAAUUUCAUAGAAUGAUUGCAAAUAUUGUAAUUUGAUCUGAUUCUUGAUAAAAACUUAUAUACAAAAAAAUAGAAUCUUGAUUCCAUAUACAUGUACAUGUAGUAGUAGUAUGUGUUCAUGAUGAACCUUCAUACAACUUUAUUAAUCAACAUAUCCUUAUGAGGUGUGUGCUUUUUCCCUGGGGUGGGGGGAGAGGCACUUCCAUUGACGAGUGGAUAUCAUGCGUGUCCAUGGGGUCCCGAAAAGCACCCUACAAGUAUUUUUCAUAUUCUGAAAAAUGCACCCCUUAACAAGUAUUGGCGUGUGAAACCCUACCCUUGACAAGUAUUGGAAACAAAACGAUACCCUUUGCAAGUAUUCCCUGAAUUGAACCCUAAACAAGUACAGCGAUAUUUUAAUUGUUAUAUGUCACGGACGUCGGUUUCACCUCUACCUACAUCUUUGAGUUUAAUAGUAUAGGGCCCACCUCCCACACCUCGCGCAAUCGGACUCUAUAAACACGUAGUGUUGACUAUUGGGGCAAAAAGUACAUCCUUUACAAAACAUUUUAGUCUUUUUGCCCUAAACACGUAGCUUUCCUAGCGAAAUAGAUAACCCUUUUUUCAUUAUUUUAGUGUUUUUGACACCCUUAUUACGUUACGUAUUAUAAUGUGCCCUAUCUUGAAAAAGACAUCCUUUUUUAUACAUGUUUUUUUUGUCGCGCAUGGUAUCCACUCGUCAACGUAAGUGCCCCCCAGCCCCGGGGCUUUAUCUAUUGGAUCAUGUAUAUAAAACAAGAAUACAUGUUUAGGCAGUAGCUGUAUAAGAAAAACAGAAUCAGUAUUAGUUCUAUAAUUCUCUAUAUUAUGUUCAAAAUAUCUGUACUAUAACUUUUAUGUCAUACAUCUAAAUCAGCCUAAUAUUUGCCAGGAAAUAAAUUUACAGGAGCCAACUCCUGACAUUAUAAACAUUUA